AUGGCGCUACCUGGGGUGAUGCGCAGGUCGAUCCGGCGAAUUAAGGACCCGUUACAGUCACAAUGGGUCGGCCUAAUUGCGUCGCUAAGAUCGCACAUUGUUGGUCCAACUCUGGGCGAUGUUGGCGUCAGCCGCUCGCAUCGCGAGCCCGUUCAGUCCGCUAUCCUUCACGAUUUCCUGCAGCCGUUCGCGCACCUCGCCCGCCUGGACAAGCCCACCGGCACCUGGCUCCUCGCCUGGCCCUGCUUCUGGUCCAUCGCACUGGCUGCUCCAGCAGGCUCUCUGCCCGACCCAACUCUUCUCUUUCUCUUCGGGUCAGGUGCCGUUUUGCUCAGAGGAGCCGGCUGCACCAUCAACGACCUGUUGGAUCGGGACUUUGACGCCAAGGUGAGCCAGAAGCCAAGGUGGCCCGCACGCGCUCCCACUCCCUGCCCCGGUGCUGUCACCCCCUUGGGUGCUACCUCCUUCCUCAAGCUGCAGUUGCUGCUGGGCCUGGAGAUUCUCCUGCAGCUGAACACGUUCAGGGCACGCUCUCUCAUGUGGCCCCCAUUGUUCUCUCCCAUCGCAUGUGCUCCUCGCCGUCCAUCCUCAUGCAGUCAAGUGCUGGGAGCGGCGUCACUGCCCCUUGUCUUCUCCUACCCCCUUAUGAAGCGCUUCACUUACUGGCCUCAAGCCUACCUCGGUCUUGUCUUCAACUGGGGAGCUCUCCUGGGCUGGGCGGCAGUGCACGGCUCGCUGCACCUGCCAGCUGUGGUGCCGCUGUACAUGGGCGGCAUCUGUUGGACACUAGUGUACGACACUAUCUAUGCGCACCAGGACAAGGCAGAUGACAUCACAGCAGGCGUCAAGUCCACAGCGCUGCUCUUCGCCCAUCGCACCCCUCUCUACCUCUCCCUCUUCAGCGCAGCAGCCAUCGCCAGCCUUGCUGCUGCCGGCUCUGCCGUCAACAUCGGCCCCCCGUUCUAUGCCUCGCUAGCAGUGGCAGCAGCACACAUGGCAUGGCAAAUUGCCUCCACGAAUUACGACAGCCGGGAGGACUGCUACUCCAAGUUUGCUUCCAACUGGACUUUCGGUGCUUUGGUCUUUGCAGGGAUUGUGACUGGCAAGCUCUUCGAUCAGCUAACCACCGACACGUUAGGCUGCGAAAUCAGAGCCAUGGCGGGGUCGUUCGACGAUCCGGAUUUAGCGGUGGAGGACUACAUUCCCAAGGACAAAGAAGACAUGGAGCUGAUGCGCGAGCGGUGGUCCAAGCUGCUGCUGGGAGACGAUCCCUCAGGAGGGGCCAAGGGCUGCGGCCCUGCGCUUGCCAUGGCCAAUGCCAUCACCAGCACCUCAGCAUCCAUCUUUGGGGACGGGCUGCGGUUGCGGCCGCUGCCAGAGGAGGAGGAGCGCAAGUGGCGGAGGGAGAUGGGCAUCAUGGUGUCGGUGUGUCGGCACAUUGUGGAGCUAGCACCCGCCUGGACCACUCGCCCCGAUGGCAGCAGAUUCGAGGUGAUGCGUCGGAGUGUCCGAGCUGACCUUCGGAUUCAGCUGCCGGCACUCAGCCAGCUCGAUACCAUGCUGCUGACCAUCCUGCAGCACAGCCAAUCAGAUGAGUACUACUACGAGGACGAGCUGCCAGGUGGCGACCUAACACAGGAGGACGGCGAGGAGGACGAGGAGGGGGACGACGAAGAGGAGGUGGAGGAGACAUUGCGUGGCGAUGAUGAUGACGAGGAUGAUAGGGAGAGCUUCGGAGCCGGCAGCACGGGCGGCAGCAGCAGUGGCAUGGGCGGCAUGGGCGGCAUGGGGGGCAUGGGCGGCAUGGGAGGGUCGGCAGGGGAUUUGUACGGCGCACCGGAUCGACUAAUCAGGCGCAGCGCCACGGCCCCUUCGGAGCGGCCUGCCACUCAUGCCGGGCCGUAUGGGAUGGGAGGGAUGAGCGGGCGGUUGGGAGGAGCGGGUGGGGAUGGUGGGGAGAGGGGAGGUGGGGGGCGACGGGGAGUGAGCCACGGAUCUGCACAUAGUUCGACGCACGGGUCGGGGCAAGGUUCGUCGGUGCACGGGUCGUCCACGCGAGGGUCUUCAGCAGACGAGGAGGAGGAUUUUGGUGAUGAUGAGGGGCAGUACAGCCAAGGAGGGGAGUUUGAACACAGACGCACGUUGCACACAGCGAACACAAGAGACUCAGGAGAUGCGGGAGAGAGGGGCUCAGGAGACGGAGGGGACAGGGGCUCAGGGCACUACAGACGGCUCUCCUCCCCUGGGUUGGAGGCAGAGAGGCGUGGGAGUAAUGCGGGCAGCAAGGAGGGGUCGAGUCCGAACCCCGGGUCAUCAUCCUGGGGUUUUCAUCAGCGGUCCAGCAGCACAGCUGCUCCUGCCUCUUCCUCAGGUGUUCCGUCAGGUGCUUCUCCAGGGUCGGGGGGCAAGCGGCGGGUGUCGUCGCGCUCCUCCAGCUUCAGCUACGACUUUUCGGCGCUUCUAGGGGGUGGAAGGAGCCGCGGCGGCGGAUCUGUUGCUGCUGCUGGCGCAGCAGGGGCAGCGCCGGGGGCAGGGUCAGGGGCAGGGGGGGGCAUUCCUCCUGGCGGCGGUGGCAUCAUGCGGGGAUUAAAACGAAGCGUGACUGAUGUGAGGGACAAGAGGUUCAUCCCAGAGGGCAUGGGCGGCGGAGCCAUGGGGGGAAUGGGAGGAGGAAUGGGGGGAAUGGGAGGAGCAGGAGGGGGAGGAGGAGAGGGGGCGGGAGGGGGCCGGCAGGUGUGGCGUUGGAAGAUGAAGCCGCGGGUGCGGGGCCCGCUGGGGGAGGCGCUGGUGAGGUGGCUGGAGCAGCAGAUGGAGAAGACGAGUCAGAUCAUGAAGCUCGCCAUGACCAUCAACCAGCAGGUCCUCCAAGACAUGCAAGUCCCCGACGCCUUCGUGCAGCGCCUCCCCAAGAACGUGAGGGCGGUGGUGGGCGACAGGGUGUAUGCAGCCCUGCACGCCAACCCCUUCACAGACGACAAGCUGCUGUCCACCGUGGACCUGUCCAAUCAGAAGGCGGCUCUCAAGCUCGCCUGCAAGCUCGAGGCUGCCGAGCAGAUCUGGAUGCGCCAGCUCGCACUUGCAAGGGAGCCCCAGCUGAGCCACACGCUGGGCGGCAGUUAUUUGUCCACUAGCAGCCGGGACGUGGUGCGAUUGGAGGAGAGCCUUCAGCGCGUCUCCUCGUGCCUUGCUGCCAUCCGCCGCAGGUGGCCCGACCUGCCCCAAACCACUCUGGAUCUAGCCAAAAUCGCAUUCAAUGGGGACAUCGGCAAGGCUGUAUUGGAGAGCUACUCACGAGUGCUGGAGGGAGCAGCGUCCAACAUCCGCUCGCGCAUCCGGGACGUGCUGCAUGCCAACUACCUCUUCCUCAACCCGCAGCAGUUCGUCCACCUGCCCUGCGACCCGCACCCUCAAGGCCUGCGCCACCCCACCUUCAGCGUGCUCAUGCCCGAAACCGUGUUCGACGCCGUCUCCAUGUCUAGUGACAACAGUGAGUCCACUAACGGCAGCGUCCGUUCCUUCGACUCUAGUCGCAGCGGCGGGAGCGCGCGGUCAGGGAAAGGCGCGCGGGGCGGAGGGGGCGGGGGAGCGGGAGGAGGAGGGGAUGGAGUUGGCGGGCUGGGUGCAGCAGUGGGAGUGGGCAUGGCGCCAGCAGGGCCGGGGUAUCCGGGGUCCGGGGUGCUGGGGAAGGCGUCGGCCAAGUGGGACAUGCGCCCCCCUCGCAGCCCUGAGCUGCGCAGCCCGCUGAUUUCAGGCGCCAUGGGCCGGCUUUCUGUCGCCUCCUCUAAGGGAGCACUUUCUCGCAGAGCUUCCCUUCUUCUCGCCGCAUCUGCCGGCGCGCUGCUCGCGGAUUGGUCCGUUCUCCCCGCGGCGCAAGCGCUACCGUUCUUGCUCCCGCCUGCCGGUUUCCGUCUGUACGUGGAUCGACUCGACGGCUACUCGUUCUUCUACCCCGACUCGUGGGUAGAGGUGCGGGGAUCGGGGCAGGACUGUUUCUUCCGCAGCUCGUUCAACCUCGACGAGAACGUGAGCGUCGAGGUGUCGUCGCCCUCGUCGUCGCGUUUCGCGUCCGUGCGCGACCUGGGAGAUCCCCAGGCGGCAGGGCAGCGAGUAGAGAAGCAGCUUCUAACGGAGUUCAUGUCCACGCGGCUGGGCGUGCGGCGCGAGGCCUCCCUCAUCUCCUCCACCAAUCGCAUCGUGCCAGCUGGCACCGGGAGGAGAGGCGCCGGGGAGCAGGAGGAGGACGCGGAGUAUUAUGACGUGGAGCUGAAUGUGAAGUCAUUUGCCAACAACAACCAGAUGGCCAUAAUGCCGGACGAGCGAGUGCAGGUGCUCGAGUGGAACCGCCGCUACCUCAUAGUGCUUGCAGUGGCCAACAGACGGCUGUACCAGCUGCGCCUGCAGGUGCCUGAGAGGGUUCUGGAUGCUGAGAGGCCUGUGCUGCGGCAAGUCAUGGACUCUUUCCGCGUGUUCAGCGUUGCCGAGUAG